AUGGCGACCAGCCCGCUGCCCGGCCCCACCGAUAUCUUGCUGCCGUCGCCGUCCAGCGCGUACCCGCCGGACCCCAUGAACCAGCCGAGGGCCGGCCACGCCGCCAUGAAGCCCAACCAGGUGGGGCAGGUGAUCCUCUACGGCAUCCCGAUCGUCUCCCUGGUCAUCGACGGGCAGGAGCGGCUGUGCCUGGCGCAGAUCUCCAACACCCUCCUCAAAAACUUCAGCUACAACGAGAUCCACAACCGGCGGGUGGCCCUGGGCAUCACCUGCGUGCAGUGCACGCCGGUGCAGCUGGAGAUCCUGCGGCGGGCCGGGGCCAUGCCCAUCUCCUCCCGCCGCUGCGGCAUGAUCACCAAGAGGGAGGCAGAGCGGCUCUGCAAGUCCUUCUUGGGGGAGAACCGGCCCCCCAAAUUGCCGGAUAACUUCGCCUUCGACGUAUCCCACGAGUGCGCCUGGGGAUGCCGCGGGAGCUUCAUCCCGGCCCGCUACAACAGCUCCCGGGCGCCCCCGCCGCCUGCCACCCGCUGGAAGCGGCCGCGCUUCGAGGAGGACGAGGAGCUGCAGGAGGCGGUGGCGGCGGCGCACGGCGGCAAAAGCCCGCGGAGCUACCCCGUCAUCCCGGUGCCCAGCAAGGGCUCCUUCGGCGGCAUGCUCCAGAAGUUCCCCGGCUGCGGCGGGCUCUUCCCGCACCCCUACGGCUUCCCCGCCGCCGCCUUCGGGCUCUGCCACAAGAAGGAGGAGGGCGGCGGCGGCGAUGCUCUCGGCGGGGCGGCCGCGCACAAGGCCGGCGGGGCGGCGGCGGCGGGCGGCGGGCUCUCGGGGCUCUUCUGGCCGGGCAGGAAGGACGCCGCCUUCUACCCUCCCUUCUGCAUGUUUUGGCCGCCGCGCACCCCGGGCGGGCUGCCGGUACCCACCUACCUGCAGCCGCCGCCGCAGCCCCCCGGCGCCCUGGGAUGCUCGCUGGGGGGGGACGGGGCGGGCCUGCUGCGCCAGGCUUUCCUGGACCUGUCGGAGCCCGGCGGCGAGGCGGGACCGGCGGGGCUGGGGACGGGGCCGGCGGGGCCGCUGUUCGAGUCGCCCCCCGGUGGCAGCGCCGAGCCCGCCUCGCCCGCCGCUUCCGACGGGGGCAGCGGCGGCGGGGGCGGGCGGGUCCCCGCGCACCACCCGCACCUGCUGGAGGCGGCGGGCGGGCGCAAGGCCAGCGGCGGGUACCACCACUCCAGCGCCUUCCGCCCGGUGGGCGGCAAGGAGGACUCGGAGAGCCUGGCCAAGCUGCACGGAGGCGGCGGCCCCCCGCGCUCCGCCUCGCCGCUGCAGCUGCUGCUGCCGCCGCCGCCGCCGCCGCCCCCCGAGGAUGCGGGGUGCGAGAGGCACCCGCAUCCUCCGCACGCCGCGCACCGCCUCCUCUCCCCCGGAGGCACUAGCUGCAGCUUCGCCAGCGAAGAGAGCAGCGAGGAGGAGGAGGACGAGGAGGAGGAAGACGAGCCCGAGGUGGACGUCGAGGGGCACAAGCCCCCCGAGGAGGAGGAAGAGGAUGAGGAGGAGGAGGGCGAGGAAGAGCCCCGCGGCGGAGACCCCUUGGCGGCCGGCGGCCGCUUUCCACCUGCCCGGGCUCUGCCGGAGAAGGGCGGCCGGGAGCGCCCCGCCGCCGGCCCCUUCCCCCGUGCGCCCGUCGAGGAGAAGCCGGGGGAUGGUCAAGCCCCAGCGCAGCCGCCUGCCGGGGCCCCGCGGGCGGGCAGCGGCGGCAGCAGCCCGGCACUUCACCCGGCGCCCGAGGAGCAACCCCUCUACAAAGAUAAUCAGAAGAGCAAGGAGGGUAAUCAGGUCAUCCUGCCUACGAAAGAGGACACCUACUCAGAUAAGAACAAGGAGCAUAAUUUUUUCAUCACAGAUUCAGAGCCUUCAGGAGGAGACUUCUGGAGAGAUAUAGCAGGAGAACACACACAAGAAACCAAUUCACCUCAUUCUCUGAAGAAGGAUGUGGAAAAUAUGGGGAAAGAGGAACUCCAGAAGGUUCUGUUUGAGCAGAUUGACCUACGGAGGAGGCUGGAACAGGAAUUCCAGGUGUUGAAAGGAAACGCGUCUUUCCCAGUCUUCAACAAUUUUCAAGAUCAGAUGAAGCGGGAGCUGGCGUACAGAGAAGAAAUGGUGCAGCAGCUACAAAUCAUUCCCUAUGCAGCAAGCUUGAUCAGGAAAGAAAAGCUCGGUGCACACCUCAGCAAAAGCUAA